AUGGCUCCCAAGUCGCGAUUCACAAGGCUCGAUGCCUUUACAAAGACGGUGGAUGAAGCGCGGAUCCGGACUACUAGCGGCGGAAUUGUAACAAUUGUGUCGCUGCUGGUUGUGCUGUUCCUGUCUUGGGGAGAAUGGUCUUCGUAUCGGCGCAUCGUGGUACACCCAGAGCUGGUGGUGGACAAAGGCAGAGGCGAGCGAAUGGACAUUCACCUCAACAUGACCUUUCCCAACAUGCCCUGCGAGCUGCUGACUCUGGAUGUCAUGGACGUUUCGGGCGAGCAGCAGCAUGGUGUCGCCCACGGUAUCACCAAGCUUCGUCUGCAGCCCCCAUCACGAGGUGGCGGUGUGAUUGAAAGCAACUCGCUGGCCCAGCUGCAUGAGAAGGCCGAGCAUCUGAACCCCGACUACUGUGGUGGCUGCUACGGAGCUACUGCGCCUGCUAACGCUGAGAAGCCCGGCUGCUGCAAUACCUGUGACGAGGUUCGAGAGGCCUAUGCGCAGGCAUCGUGGGCCUUUGGCCGAGGCGAGGGCGUGGAGCAGUGCGAGAGGGAACAUUACUCUGAGCGAUUGGACCAGCAGCGAGAAGAGGGUUGCCGCAUUGAGGGCUUGUUGCAGGUCAACAAGGUUGUUGGAAACUUCCAUCUUGCCCCCGGCCGAAGCUUCAGCAAUGGAAACAUGCACGUACACGAUCUCAAGAACUACUGGGACCUCCCUAACGGCAUGAAACCUCACGAUUUUACUCAUGUCAUCCACUCUCUGCGAUUUGGACCACAGCUGCCGCCAGAGGUUAUUGCGCGAAUGGGCCGCAGGGUUGCGUGGACCAACCACCAUCUCAAUCCUCUGGAUGGAAUUCACCAGGAAACCAGCGAUCCCAACUUUAACUACAUGUACUUUGUCAAAAUUGUCCCCACGUCGUAUCUUCCACUCGGCUGGGAGCAAAAGUCCGCCCACGCAUCUGAUGGCAGUGUUGAGACACACCAGUACUCCGUUACAAGCCACAAGCGAAGCCUGAUGGGAGGUGACGACGCCAAGGAGGGUCACGCUGAAAGACUGCACUCCAAGGGUGGUAUUCCCGGCGUGUUCUUCUCAUAUGAUAUCUCCCCUAUGAAAGUUAUUAACCGAGAAGAGCGGGCCAAGACAUUCCUUGGCUUCCUAUCUGGACUUUGUGCGAUUGUCGGCGGUACCUUGACGGUUGCUGCUGCGGUUGACCGUGGCUUGUUUGAGGGUGCCAGCAGGCUGAAGAAGCUUCGAUCUAAGGAUAUGUAA